ACUGCACUGAUAAAUACGUAGUUGAUAAUGCCACUAAGAAAGUUGAGAAAGAUCAUAAGAAAGCCGUUGCACUUCCUCUUGUUCAAGAUGCGGCUUCUCCCGAUAAAUGUAAAGAAAUUGUAUCUAAACAAAAAGAUGAUGGUUGUAUUGAAUUGGAUGAUUCAGUGUGUAAAGAAUUAGAUACUCCUAAGGAAGAUAUUAUUACCACAAUUCAAAAGAAAAUUACUAACAAUAAACUUAAAGUACCUGAUCUUUCAUCAAGUCUUGCGACCGCUGUUAAUCUCUCAUAUCUUAAAAAUCUCGCACCUCACCAUGAAGGUGUAUGGAAAGACAAGUAUGAUAAAGCCCGUGAAUAUCUUUCAAAACAAAUUGGCGAUAAAAAUGCUGAAGAGGAAUUAAUAAAAUGUGCCGAUGAGUACGUAGUUGAUAAAGCAACAGAUAAAGUAAUUGAAGAAAAGAAACGGGAUGUAAUUGAUCUUAAGAAAGAUGAAAUACCAAAAGAACCAGUAGACAGAGGCUUUUUCGGUAAACUUUAUGAUACAGCUUCUUCUAAGACUGGCGAGGUUGUUGAUCAAGUUAAGAAUCUCUUCACAUCUAAUAAAUACAAACCUGAUGAUCAUGAAAAAGCGGAAGCUCUCGUUAUCAUUGAGGAAACAGCCACUCCUGAAAAAUGCGAAGAAAUC